CUGAAUUGCCGAGUUGUCAAAGCAUAAACUAAACUUGAAUGGAAAAAAGAAACUCAAUUAGAUAAUCAAGUGCUUAAGAUAGACCAUCAUGGGAUGAAGAAAGCUAGAAUGUCACAUUACCUUUGUAAGCUCUGGUACUGUCUUUCCUACCGGUAUACAAUGGGUAGAGAGGGAAACCACUUUACAUCUCCCUAUAAUAAGUUCAACCGUAAAAUCAACUCGAACGUGAUAGUAAUGGAAAACAAAUCGGAAUAGUUAUUUGAACCGUUGUUUCCCUAACUACAAGAACAAGAAUAUCAACAUAGGAAUCGACACCAAGACAUGUUUCUCCAUCUCAACAACAUCUAAUAACAUAGAGGCAUCACAUCUACGAAAAUCAACAAAGCCUAAAUCAAAUUGGGACAAUGAAAAGACCAAAAUGAAUCAAAAGUGAAAGAAUUUCACUACAAACACUAUCAUUUACUUGGAUCAAAAUAAAAAAAUUUAUUCUAUUGCUCCUGCGUAUCGGCAAAGGAGCUGCCUCCCAAUUGCUUCUUAUGCUUUCAUCGAGUGAGCCUCGGUACGGAGACUACAACAUCAAUAGAAUUUUGUUGCCCCGAAUGAAUAUUAAAUCGGUGCCACCAUCCCAUUUAACAUUCGUGUUGCAUGGGAUGUGAAAGGAAGCGGGUUCUCAAAACGGUGUCGUCUCUUGCUUGCCCAAAACGAUAUCGAACCACUAAAGCAACAAAGCAGCAACCUGGCUUGGGAAUCGUCAUUCGAAGUCUUCUUCCAUCUCGAGCUUUUCACUUUCGCAGACCUCUGCUCCCUUCACAAGAAACCUGGGCGAUGACCACCUCCUCUACUCCUCAAAAUGAUGAUCUCUACAAGGCAUAGGAAACGGGUCCGAGGUCUGCUCAAACCGUCACUUCUUGACCAACCAUAUAAAUAGGAAUCACUCGAGUUAUUUAAACUUGGUAAUUGAGAGCGAGUGAGAUUGGGUAUCUACUUUGUUCGUCAAUGGGUCCGUUAUUGUACCAACUUCAGUAGGACAAUCACAGGGUGUGUUGACCGGGUGAUUAAUCCUUGGGAAGUGGGGGUUUGAGUGUUUCUUUUCAUUUUCAAAGGGCCAAGCUUCUUGGCUUGGCUAGGCUUCCUGUUUUGCGAAGUGUAAACUUUUCGAAUUGAAUAAAAUUUCGAUCUUUUCUUUUCACUCUGAUUCCACAAUUGGUAUCAGAGCCUACUCUUUGAAGGAUUUAUCAUCUCCAAAGAGAGUUGCUCAAGAUGUCUAGAUCUUCAUCAGCUGCAGUUUCUUAUUCUGCAAAUACGAAUCCUCCCUGGUUCGAUGGAACAAACUAUACAGUCUGGAAGAAGAGAAUGAGGAUUUAUCUUCGAGGAGUUGAUGGAGAGUUAUGGGCGGUUGUGAGGAAAGGACAUGUUCCCAUAGAAGAUGAAGAUGAAGAAGAGUGGAAAGAAGAACAUAAAAUAUCAUCACAGCUUGAUUCACGAGCUAUGCACAUACUCUUCUCAGCUCUCUAAACUGAAGAACGGAGUCAGGUUGCACAAUGUGAGUCUGCAAAGGAGAUCUGGGAGUCUCUUCAGACAACCCAUGAAGGUACGUCUGAAGUUAAAGAAAGUAGAAUUGAUGUCCUGCUAAAUGAAUAUGAAGCCUUUGAAAUGAGCUUAGGAGAAUCAAUCUCUAGCAUGUACAAACAGUUUAAUGAUCUGAUCAAUAGACUAAAGGGUCUAGGGAAAAUGUUUGAGACAAAAGAUCUUGUUCGAAAAUUUUUAAGAUGCUUACCUAGAGAAUGGCUACCUGAGCGAACUGCUAUUGAGGAAGCUAAGUAUUUGAAUACAUUAUCUAUUGGAAGACUAGUCGGAUCUUUACUAAGUCAUGAAGAAGUCAUAAUUCAAAUGAAUAAAUAUGAUCAUAGAAGAAGAAAAGUUAUUUCAUUCAAAGCUCAAGAAUAUGAUAGUGAUUCUGAAAUAGACAUGGGAGAGGAGUUUGAAAAAGAAUUUGCCCUCGUAAAUAUAAAAUUUCAUAAGAUGCUCAAGAUGAAAAAGGACUUUCAAGCAAGAAGAGCAUAUCGUGAUUCUAGACACUAUAACACUCAGGUUUCAGAACACAGAAAGGAAAGGGAGGAAAUGGAAAGAUUCCCCACUAAAACAAACGAAAGAUUCACUACAUAUAGGCCAUAUCUAGAUAAAAACACCCCAAGGUCAUAUGAUAAACCAUCAGAAGGUCGAGAAAGGUUUAAAGUUGAUAAGGAAGACCACAGGUCUUCCAAUGAGAAAGAUCUAACUGUUUGCUAUAAGUGUGGUAAGACAGGACAUAUUAGAUCAAGAUGUCCUGCAGGAGGAAGAGCCAAGGAAAAGGCACUGGCACCAUCAUGGAGUGACUUUAGCUCAGAAGAAGAAGAAGAAACUAAAAACCUUGCUUACAUGGCUUUUGCAACCAACGGUGAGCAUGAUCACCAAUCUUCGAGCAGCAAUGAUCAAUUAACACCAUCAUGCUAUCAGGUACUUACUGACUCUGAAUCAGAUGGAAAUAAUGAUGGAGAUACUAUUUUUUCAAAAACUGAUUUUUUAAAUGCUCUGGCAAACCUGCAAGAAGAAUGUAAAAGACUUAAAAGCAAGUAUUGUUUGCUUAUGACUGACAAUCAGAGUUUAAAAAGAGAAAUCCUUAAUCUAAACAAGUCACUAAAAUUUCAAGAUGAAAAACAUGAAAGACUGAAUAAACAGAUUUUUGAGCUUACUGAUGAAAAUCAAAGGCUCAGAGCAAAUGUGUCCAUACAGAAACAUAAUAGGUUUAGAUCAACGGUGAAUACAAGCACUCACUCUCGAAAAUAUUUUCAUAAACAAGACAGAAAAUAUCAUGUUGUUUAUACAUGCACUUAUUGUAAGAGAAAAGGCCACUUGGCAAAAUUUUGCUAUGAUCUACAAGAUCUAAGAAAACCUGGUACAUACAAAACAUUUUGGGUACCAAAGUGUACUAACUAAUGAUUGAUUGCAGAGUUUGGGAGAAAAUGAGAACAUAUGGUUUCUGGACAGUGGUUGCUCCCACCACAUGACAGGUAACAAGGAAUUGUUUUCUUCUUUAAAAUAUAAGAAGGGUGGUAAAGUAAUCCUUGGAGAUGAUCGAGUAGGAAUAAUAAUGGGAAGUGGAACUGUUGGUAAGAACCCUCUUCCUACUAUUAGUGAUGUGUUAUUUGUUAAAGGUUUAAAACAUAAUCUUCUGUCAAUAAGUCAACUAUGUUCGAGUGAAAAUAGAGUAAUUUUUUAGUCAGAAUCUUGCCAGAUCAUUAGGAUAAAAGACAACAAACUUUUAUUUAGUGGAACAAAGAAAAACAAUAUGUAUGUUGUUAAUCUGAAUUGCCUAAAAACCUUUAAUGAAACAUGUUUCCAAGCUAGCCUAUAUGACACUGAAAUGCUUUGGCAUAGAAAACUAGGACAUGUAUGUUUGUCAAAACUAUCAAAGUUGUCUAGGAUGAAAUCAGCUAGAGGGAUUCCUACUUUAAAAGAACAUUCCAAGUUCUUUUGUGAUGCGUGUGUAGGAGGCAAAUUAGCUAAGAAAAGCUUUAAAUCUAAGAAAGACAUAACUACCUCUGCACCUUUUGAAUUAAUCCACAUGGAUUUGUUUGGGCCUACCAACGUGGCAAGCCUUGGAGGUAAGUCCUAUGGUUUUGUAUUAGUUGAUGAUUUUUCUCGAUACACAUGGGUCUACCUACUUGCAUCUAAGGAUGAAGCUUUUAACAGUUUCAGAAUGUUUGUGAAUCGAAUACUUAAUGAAUCUGAGAGAGGAAUUAAGUCCAUUCGGAGUGACAAUGGGGGAGAGUUCAUAUAUGAUCAUUUUAGGGAAUUGUGUGAUGAGAGAGGAAUCAAUCAUACUUUCUCUGCACCCAGAACACCACAACAAAAUGGUGUUGUAGAAAGAAAAAAACAGAACCAUAAUUGAGGCUGCUAGAACAAUGCUAUUAGAAUAUGGUACCCCAAAAAUGUUCUGGGGAGAAGCUGUAAUGACAGCAGUCUAUGUAAUCAACCGGGUACUUAUUAGAAAAUCUUUGAACAAGACCCCAUAUGAAAUCUUAAAACAGAAAACACCAAGCGUGGGAUAUUUUCACCCCUUUGGGUAUAAGUGCUUCAUUUUCAAUACAAAAGAUCAUCUUUCAAAAUUUGAUGCCAAAUCAGAUCAAGCUAUAUUUCUAGGAUACUCAACUAAAGGUCAAGCAUAUAGGGUAUACAAUCUCAGAUCCAAACGAGUUGAGGAGUCGGUUUUUGUGAAAUUUGAUGAAUCUAUGGGAACUAACAAGGGGUCUACCGAAAGCAUAGAUUUCAUGUUUCCUGUUUCUACAGAAGAACCAAACCCGGGAGAAAUAGAGAUCUCAAAUGAAUCACAAGGUAGCAAAAGUGAGCCAGGCCAUGAUUUGGAAAAAGAAAAGGAGGCACCACAACACAUUCAAAAACGACAUCCCCCCUCUCAAAUCAUUUGACAACUCAAGGAUGGCAUCCAUACCAGAGGUAAGUAUCAACCAGGUCAGUAUGCACUUGUAUCCUUACUUGAACCUAGAAAUUAUAAGGAAGCACUCAAUGAUGAUGAAUGGUUGAAUGCUAUGCAAGAAGAAUUACUUCAAUUUGCUAGAUUACAUGUCUGGGAACUUGUUCCUCGGCCAUUAGACUGCUUAAUUAUAGGAACAAAAUGGGUUUUCAAAAAUAAAACUGAUGAAGAAGGUGAAGUAAUUAAAAACAAAGCCAGACUAGUGGCACAAGGUUACCUACAGGAAGAAGGAAUUGAUUUUGAAGAAUCUUUUGCCCCUGUUGCACGAAUUGAAUCCAUUAGGAUGCUAUGUGCAUAUGCCUGCUACAUGAAAAUUCCUUUAUAUCAAAUGGACGUAAAAAGUGCCUUCUUGAAUGGCGAAAUAAAAGAAGAAGUGUAUG